AUGUCGUCCAGAGAUACGCUUGCUUUCGCCCUGGGCUCAUUCAAGCUUCAGCAUGUCUGGAUCCUGGCUGCAGGCGUCCUGAUCUUCACUCUCGCAUACCACGCCGCUUUCUUCGUCUAUAAUAUCUACUUCCACCCUCUCUCCAAGUACCCCGGCCCUCGCCUUGCCGCAGCAGGUCCUCUGUGGCUCGCAUCGUCCUACAUCGGCGGGAAGACACCCGCCGAUCUUCUCGAGCUGCACAACAGAUACGGGCCCGUCGUUCGAACAUCUCCAAACGAGCUGUCAUACAUCAAUGCUCCCCAGUGGAAGGAGAUUUACGGCUACAAGACCGGGCAGCUCGAGUUUUCUAAAGACACGAAAUACUUUGCCGGCCUAAAAUGCGAGCCCCUGAUUCUUAACGCGGACAGGCACUACCAUGGUUAUAUUCGCAAGCUCGUUGCACAUGGCUUUUCUGAGAAGGCUAUGAGAGAGCAGGAGUCGGUGCUGAAACAAUAUGUCGACCUGAUGUUUCGAAGGGUGGAAGAAGAAGGACAGGAUGGAACUCAGCCGGUGGACAUCUUGAAGUGGUUCAAUUACGUGACUUUUGACUUCAUCGGUCUUCUCACUUUUGGGGAGUCCUUUGACUGCCUUACCACAGCUACCCUCCACAUCUGGAUCAAGAUUUUCUUCUCCUUGGCCAAGUCCAUGGCUUAUCACCAAGUGCUUUCUCGCUUCCCAUACCUACUUCGUUUUCCGAUAGCGCUCUGGUUGAUUCCGUCUAAGGUUAUCUCGGAGGGGAAGACGCUGAAACAGUUGCAAAUUGAAAAAGUCAAGCAUCGUCUGAAAACACAGCCAACAGUGCCAGACUUCAUGGACAAAUUGAUCGCAGCUUACAACUCAGGCAAGAUGUCGUUUGGGCAGUUGGAGGGCAACUCGCAGAUCCUGAUCGCCGCUGGAAGCGAGACAACCGCCACACACCUGUCAGGUCUCACUUGGCUUCUUAUGAAGAACCCCCGUGUGAUGGAUAUACUUGCUACUGAAGUCCGCACGGCUUUCUCUCAUCCGGAUGAGAUUACUUUCACGGGCGUCAACAACUGCAAGUACCUCCUCGCCUGCAUUGAGGAGGGUCUUCGUGUCUACCCACCAUCACCCCAACCUCACCAUCGCAUUGUCCCUCCCGGUGGCGCCACUGUCAACGGCGAGUUCCUGCCGGAGGGCGUGUCUGUCAGCAUUCCAAUAUAUGCCGCAUCCAAUAGCCCUGUCAAUUGGACCCGUCCUGAGGAGUUCAUCCCCGAGCGCUGGCUGGGCGAAAACCCCGAAUUCGAUGGCGACCAGCGGGAUGCCUCUCAGCCUUUCCAAUUGGGUCCGAGGGCGUGUGUUGGAAGGAACCUGGCUUAUGCUGAAAUCAAACUUAUCAUGGCUAGACUCAUCUGGCAGUUUGAUAUAGAAAACGUGACCGAGAAGGAUUGGAUGGGAAGCCAGAAGGUGUUCAUGGUGUGGGAGAAGAUGCCUCUUUGGAUCAAACUACAUCCCGUCAGACAGUAG